AUGAAUAUGGAGAUGAAAGUUUAUGUUCUUCAGACAAAUCACGAUAUGGUUGAAUUUCUUGAGGAAAUUGAUUCUCGGUUUCUUAGGGAAGGCAGAAGGAUCAAGAAACAAUCCAAAUCAACGGCCAUCGAGGAUCGAUUUGGAUCCUCUGUGGUCUUCCCUGUAACUGGGAAUGUCUAUCCUAAAGGCCUAUGGUUAUGCGGUUUGCGUGCUCUCUUCAAUUGUGGAUUUCUUGGGAGAUUUUGGGGUUUUAUGAAUUUUCUGUUUGUUUACGGGGAAGAUUCUUGGUACUAUCAAGUGACACUUAACAUAGGCCACCCAUCCAAACCCUACUUUCUUGAUAUGGACACUAGCAGUGACCUCACCUGGCUUCAGUGUGAUGCACCUUAUACCAAAUGCACUCCAGUAAUUGUCAAUUCUUCAUUUUUUUUCCAUACAUGCAAAAUCACCCUAAAACUACUGCCCAUAGUCCAUAACCUCUGUGUGUUUGUGUGUGAAGGCCCCUCACACUCUUUACAAGCCAAACAAAACGUUGUCACAUGUAAGGAUACCCUCUGUGGUUCUCUUCACUGGCCUGGUAACCACCCUUGCGAAACCCCUCACGAGCAAUGUGACGACGAGGUCCAGUAUGCUGGUCAUGGUUCAUCUAUGGGUGUCUUGGUCAAAGACUCAUUUCCUUUAAGAUUCAUCAAUGGUAGUAUUGUUGGUCCCCGCCUAACAUUCAGGUUGGUUGCUUGA